UAGUCAAUUAAAGUUUUUUCUUAACUAUUAAUUAAACAAUUUAACUAUAUUAUAAACUUUAAAAAAUCUAAGAAUAUAAACACCAAUAAUUAAUCCUAACAUAGAAUUAUACUCCGUAUAAUAUUAAAAAUUAAAAUGAGUAAUUAACAUAUUUAAAUAAAAAAACUUUGAUGUUAUAACGAAAAUGACAUUAUACACCCCUACUUCUGUUCGUUCUCUUAUUCGUUCCUCUGCUCCAUGUUUGUUUCUUCGUCGUCGUCCGGUCAGCCAGGAGCCGCAGCAGCCGCUGAGAGCACCGCCGAACUCCGUCGCCGACAGCCUCCGUUCCUCCGUCCCUCGUCGCGCAGCAGGCAUCGUCGAACAAGGGCAGCGGCGACCUCCCUCCCCUCCAAUUCGAGCUCAAUUCCUUCAAUUUCGAGCGGGCCUCAAGAUGAAGUCCUUGAUCCCGAGUUUGCGACACAUGCCGCUGAGUGUGUUGUUCUGUUUAUGGAAAUGUUAAAGUGCUUAUAUUCUCUUGAAAACUUUGAUGGAAACUGGCCACCUAGUAUACCUAGGCGAAUCUGAACUGAAUUGGAUAGUUUAAUCACCUAUAGGACUGUUGAU